UCUCCCGAUUAUAAACAACUUGUGUACGGUGAAAGUUUUACACCAAAGUUGAGUAAAAAAUUCGAAAUGGGAGUCGAUUACUACAGUAUUCUGAAUUUGACCAGAAGUGCCGCAGAUGCGGAUAUAAAGAAACAUUACCGAAAAUUAUCCUUGAAAUUUCACCCAGAUAAAAAUGAAGGCAAUCAUAAUGCCAUUGAUAAAUUUCGACAAGUUUCUGAGGCUUAUGAUGUAUUAUCAGAUCCACGAAAACGGGCUGUUUAUGAUCAGUUUGGAGAGGAAGGGUUAAAAAAUGGUGUGCCAGUAGGCAGUGGAGAAACAGGAGCAUGGACCCAGGGGUAUACAUUCCAUGGAAAUGCUGAAAAGGUUUUCAGAGAUUUCUUUGGUGGUGAUAACCCAUUUCAAGAAUUUUAUGACAGAGUUGAUGGAGAUCUGAGUAUGGGAUUUGGUGGUCUACACGGCCGUGGGCACAAAAAACAGGAUCCAUCUAUUGAAAGAGAUUUAUACCUGGGUUUGGAGGAAGUUUUCCAUGGUUGUACCAAAAAGAUGAAAAUCUCUAGAAGAGUAAUGAAUGAAGAUGGCCAUACAUCUAGUAUUAGAGAUAAAAUAUUAACAAUCACUGUUAAAACAGGAUGGAAACCUGGUACUAGAAUAACGUUCCCUAAAGAAGGUGAUCAGGGACCUAAUAACGUACCAGCUGAUAUAGUAUUUGUAGUAAAAGACAAACCUCAUCCUCGAUUCCGUCGAGAAGGCACCAACCUGAUUCACACUGCCAGAGUUCCACUAGGCAAGGCUUUAACAGGUUGUACUGUAGAGAUUAAUACAUUAGAUGAUAGAGUUUUACAUAUUCCUAUCAAUGAUAUUAUCAAACCAGGAUUUAAGAAAGUGGUACCAGGAGAAGGUAUGCCUGUAUCAACAGACCCCUCAGAGAAGGGUGAUUUAGUCAUUGAGUUUGACAUUGAGUUCCCCCAUUCUCUCACCCCAGAGAAAAAAGACAUGGUGCGAAAAGCAUUACUUAAUUAGAAUAUAGACUGUGGAAAGAUAAUAUCUGGUCUAAUUUUAUAUUUUUACAGCUGGUACAUCUUGUUUUCAGAUUCUUUCAAUAAAUACUAUUUCUUGAAAUGAACAGAAAUUCAAACUUGGCCUACAAGGGGGUCAUCAGUGGACAUACCUGGUGACAUAAAUGAUCAACAAAAUCCAUGUAUAAUCUGAUAAAUCCAUAAAACAAAAUCAUUCAUAAACUACAACGUAAUUGCUUAGUUUUAAGGAUGUAUUGUCAUAUAGAAGGAUUCUGUUAAGUUAUAACACCAGGUUUGUCAACUGAUGAUUAUUAUACUCUUAUUGGCCAAGUUAAAGAAUUUAAAUUUUAGGUUUAUUCUAAGAGAUAGUAUUCCUUAAAGUAUUAAAGUAAAAGAUAUUAUAACUUGGUCUGAAACAAUUGACAAGAGUAUUGUUGUAUGUAAUAGGAAUAGAGACAUCAUGUAAUGGGUAUCCUGGGAUUGGUUGUUAGAAACAUUGUAAUUUUGGGAUUCGGGUAACAUUGAUGGGUUAAUUCUUUGGCUGUGAAAAUGUUAACUAAGAAAGCUAUCAGGUAAUUAGAUGAAAGAAUUGGAAUUCUAUCAAUUCCCUAAACUACAUGAUUUCCAUGGACCAAGUUGAAAUUUUUUGGAAAGCUGAAGACAAGCUAUAUUAUCUGUAAAAUAGAAUUGGACUUAUCAUACAUUUUAAUUACAAAGAUAUUGUACAUAUAUUAACAGCAUUUUGUAAAAUUUUGGUUUGUAAACCAUUCAAAUUCCAGUUUUUACAGCAUUAGAAGCUCUUUGUGGAUCUUCUUUGUUUAAAAUGCCUCAGGUUUGUAUCAGAUUUUAACCAUAUCAUGUUCAAAUGACAAUAUGAGGCUUUAAAGAAAAGUUUAGAGGCAGAUUUUAUACAAUUUUUAAGCAUUCCAUGCAGUGUCUGUUAACAAUAUUAUCAUCCAGUUUUUAGCAUUCCUCCUAACAGCAUUCUACAAUAUUUUUAGAAGAUUUUGAUAUGAAAUUUUAUAAAAUAUAUUUUAAUGUGUUUGUAUAUAAUGUUUUUUGUUAAAACUAUUUAUUCUAUAUAAAACUGUGAUAGUAGAUU